UGAAAAAAAAUAGACUUAUUUUUUCUCAUUGUUGCCAGUACUGCAAAACUUUUGCAAUAAAGAUACAUAAAUAAACGUCCCCCGUUCUAGUGCCGUUUACCAGCCACUCCGAUCUGAUUCAAACGAAUCGUUAUGGCCACCUCAGCUGCUGCCCCCACUAAGCAGGAGAUCGAGUCCGUCUUCAGUCGCCUGCGCUCCCAGCCAGCCAACAAAUCCUGCUUUGACUGUGCGGCCAAGGCUCCAACAUGGUCUUCGGUUACCUAUGGCAUCUUCAUUUGCAUCGACUGCUCGGCAGUUCACCGCAAUCUCGGUGUGCACUUGACCUUUGUGCGGAGCACCAAUCUGGAUACUAACUGGACAUGGCUGCAGCUACGUCAGAUGCAGUUGGGGGGCAAUGCGAACGCUGCACAGUUCUUUCGGGCGCACAACUGCAGCAGCACAGACGCCCAAGUCAAGUACAAUUCGCGGGCGGCGCAGCUCUACCGGGACAAGUUGUUAUCUCAGGCUCAGCAGGCAAUGAAGGUGCACAGCAACAAGCUGCAUCUGGAGAAUUUGGACAAAAGCGAAGGUAAUGAGGCCGCCAAGGAGGAGGACUUUUUUGCCCAGUGCGACAAUGAAGAGGACUUCAAUGUGGAGAACAACAACUUGAGCCAGCUUGAUCAAAAGCCGACUAUUGUUGCUCCGGUUGCCGACUUAGAGACUCAGUUGUGUGGUGGUGCUCCAAGCGUAGAUCUGCUCAAUUCGGUCGCGGCCCCAAAAGUUCCAUCUUCUAUUGGCGUUCGCAAGAUUCAGCCCAAAAAAGGAGGACUGGGGGCUCGUAAAGUGGGAGGCCUGGGAGCUACCAAGGUCAAGACCAACUUCGCAGACAUCGAAGCACGUGCGAACGCUGCCAAUGAGAUGAAGACAUCCCUUGCCCAGGCAGUGCCCGCGGACAAGAUUCAGACGGCCGAGGAAGAGUUGGAGACGGUGGCCAGCAUGCGACUAGCGUACCAGGAGCUCUCUUUGCAGAAGACUCGCGAGGAGGCCAAGCUGAAAAACAUGGAUCCAGCCAAGGCCAAGCAGAUGGAGCGUCUGGGCAUGGGCUUCAGCCUGCGUGGGUCAGACGUGGCCCAUUCAGCCAUUGCCGACAUGGAGACUCUACAGCAGUCGGCCGCUCCAAAGAGCAAGCUGUCUGCCCUAGAGAGCGACAACUUUUUCACUGACUAUUCCCUCUAUGGAAACAGCAGCAGCGGCGGGUCAGUUAGUUCUAGCGAGAAGCGCGAGAACUCUGUUAACGGCUCUAGCAAGCUGGAUAAGUUUGAACUCGAUUCACUGGGCUACGAGACGAUAGAGCCCAUUGGCGGCACGCACAGCAACAUUACGUCUAUGUUCGCCACCAGUAAUGCCUAUGACAAUACCAAGGCGUCGACUGCGGGAAAAAGCGGAUCUAGCAGUGGAUUUACUGCCACAGCCACCACGAAAUCGACCGGAAAAAGCAAAGCCACUGUCAGCAAUGAUCCGGUGAUCGCCCAGCAAAAGUUCGGAAACUCCAAGGGCUUCGGCUCUGACCAAUACUUUGCCAGCGAACAGUCACCAGCUGACAUAAGCGCUAGCUUAAACCGCUUCCAGGGAUCGCGAGCCAUAUCAUCGUCUGACUAUUUUGGCGACGGGACUCCUGGCAGCAGUGCCGGCACUAGAGGCGGUGGAUACUCGUCAUCGGUCAACUUCAGUGCUCCUGACCUGGAUGUGGAGAGCGUAAAGGAGAGCGUGCGUCAGGGUGUGCACAAAGUGGCCGGCCGGCUAAGUAAUCUGGCGAACGACGUGAUGACCUCGUGGCAGGACAAAUAUGGCUACUGAUAUCGGCUAGAUUCCCGUACUGCUCUGGGAGACAGCGACAUCGCGAGGAAGACCACUAGCGGAGUCAGACAGCAGUCUAAUUUUAACGUUUUUAUAUAUUAGUCACAUUUAGCGAUUAUGCAGAAAGUUAUGAAGGAUUCCAAGCAGUUAGAAACUUAGCAUAGCAUCAGGGGAGCAGAUUGCAUUCUGCUUACCACGUAUCGUUCUUACAUAUAUGAAAUAUAACAGCAGAAACUGAAACUAAAUCCAUGCAGUAAAAAGAGCUGUAUAGUUUA